AUGGAUAAAUAUAUAAAAAUUAAUACAUUAGGAGUAGGAGCAUCAGGAGUUAUAUAUAAGGCACAAGUAAAUGAUGAAAAGAUGAAAGAGAUAAUAGGUAAGGAAAUAGUUGCAAUAAAAAGAAUUAAAUUAAUGGGAAAUGGAGAGAUACCGUAGGAAGCAAUAAGAGAAAUUAAAUUUUUAAAGGAAUUAAAUCAUCCUAAUAUAAUAAAAUUAUAUGAUGUAUUUUAGGAUGAAUAUAACAUUUAUUUAGUAUUAGAAUAUAUGGAGAUGGAUUUAGAGAAGAUAAUAAGAAAGAAUAAAUUAGGAAAAAAUUUAAUUAAAAUUUAUUUUUUAUAGAUAUUAGAAGUGGUUAAUUAUUUACAUAAAAAAUUUAUAAUACAUAGAGAUAUUAAGACGUCUAAUUUUUUAUUAGAUGGAUUUAAUAAUUUAAAAUUAAGUGAUUUUGGAUUAACUAAGUUAAUAGGAUAUGAAUUUAUAAGGGAUAAAAUGUAUAUAAUGACACCGAAUGUAUGUACAAUAUGGUAUAGAGCACCUGAGUUAUUAUUUGGAAGUAAAGUUUAUGAUUUUAGUAUAGAUAUAUGAUCAGUUGGAUGUAUAUUAGGGGAAUUAAUAUUAGGAUAUCCAUUAUUUCCAGGUACAGGAGAGAUAGAUUAGUUAGGAAGAAUUUUUUCAUUAUUAGGAACACCGGAACAUAAUGGAUGGGAAGAGGCUAAGAAGUUACCUAAUUAUAUAGAGUAUGAAAAGACAUAG